GAGUGAAAUAUUAAACCGAAUGUCAAUAAAAGAUUCGACCUUGAGUAAAGUGAAAAAUUUCACCGCACUACUUAGGCCGGCUACUCUUUUGAUAAGACAUGGAGCCGAUCUCUACCGCUAAGGCGAACCAGCUUCUUGGAACAGGAAUACUCCAGGUCCUAUUUGGCGGGGGAACAUUCGCUCUUGUGUUUCUACUAUUUGGGGAGAGCUAUGGCGUCGAAAGCAACAUGCUCACACGAACUGCCGCGUAUUGGGUAUCUAUUCCGAUAAUCUUCGUUGGAUUACUUGGCAUUUUGAGUGGAACCACGAAACAGAAUUGCCUGAUCUCACUGUACAUGAUCGGUAGCGUGGCGUCCUGCGGUCUUGGAACGUUUGUUUGUAUUGUCGUGGGCAUCAAAGUUAACGCUAUACGGUCAGACUGUGGCGAGGACUCAAGCUGUAAGAAUUCUAACACUGCUAUGCUGCUCGGAACUCUAGUUCUUUUCUCUUCUUUGGUGGUGUCUGUUGCAUUAUGGGGCGCAGUCAAAGCGUGUCAGGCGAAAUGGGGACCCUCGAAGAAAACGCCGCGUGUGAUUGGACAAUACCGUGUCGACGGCGCAUGCGUACAAAAUAACCACGUACCUGGCUCCACCCCUAUUGUGAUGAUCAACCACCAUAACGAAGUCAACCACUUACAAGGAAUUCACAAUCCAGCAAUUGAAGAAACGGUAAAAUCGGCUGCCGACCCUUUACCGGAAAUAACCGAUGUUUCAUCGACUGUUCAAGAGGCCAUCGUUAAUUCGCCGAUACAAACCGUGGAGAUGCCGACUGAGAAGGAGACGGUCUUGUCAUCUAUUCAACCGUACGAAAGGCUGGCUGUGAGUAAUGGAUCGGAUUCGGACUCUAGUCAUUCCACAGUCGACGAAGGAUAUAGUAGGUCCGAAGAUUCAUCGCUGAUCGGUGCUCAAUCGGAUAAAGUUCCGGAAGACAUCGGAGUACCGAACCUGGUGUGUGAUGCGGAGUGUACCGUGCUUACACGUUUAUAACUUGGAUGACUAAAAAUGACCAGAAAUGACGAGGUGAUAUUCAUAUAGCACCUAUUAUAAUAUAUUUCUUUAGUUAGCGUCACAUAACUAAUAGUUAUUGAUUUGGUAAAGUGAACACGGUGUUAUUUUGUUGUUCUUUUUUUUUUUUUCAAAAAAAAAGCAAUAAAAAGGAGUGACCAUUUGAUCUCCUAAGGAGAGGUGACUUUCCUGCUCGAUAUUAUUUCACGUCAGAUGGUAUGCUUAAUUUUCGCCGUGCCUUUUAGUAAAAAAGGUUUGCUUGCUCUACCCUUUUUGAAGUGUCAGCGGCUGCAAAACACAGAGGCCGUGGAGGGGGAAGGGGUGAAUGGGCUGAUAUCCCUUCCCUCCCUUACCCCCACAACACAACUCAUGGGAAGUUCAGCGGCCCGUUAAGGAGACCAUCAAAUAACCUCGGUCCAUACCGCAUCAAUUAAUGCGAAAGUCGGGUCAACGCUCGGUCCAUACCGCAUCAAUUCUUGCGAAAGUCGGGUCAAAGCUCGGUCCAUACCGCAUCGAUUCACGCGAAAGUCGGGUCAAACCUCGGUCCAUACCGCAUCGAUUCACGCGAAAGUCGGGUCAAAACUGGGGUAUUUAUGUUCUGUUUUUAAUAUAUUUUAAUGUAUUAUGCUUGACAUGGGGUUUUAGAAAAUAGGGAAAAAUAGUUUGGAUCUUUGUUCAAUGCUUCUCACUAUAUAGUGUAUUUCUGGAAGUUCAAAGUACACAACAACAAAAGGUUCAAAACCUGCAUUUGUUAAAAUAUUUGAUUAUAAUAUUUCUAAUUCUCUGCUGGUCAAAAAUUUCAUUGUCGGACAAAUGGGACAAAGAUUGAUUUUAUGUAACCAUUAUAGUCCGCUUUUACGAAUGCAUUCUAUGUAAAGUAUUUCUUACACUAUUACUGUUGUUUCAAACUGCCACAUCAAGAUCAGUGUGUGUUUGUAAAUUAGAUAUUAUUUUCAGCUAUGCUUAAUAAACGAAUUUAAUGAAUA